CAUCCGGGACUCUUCCAGCACAUCACUCUUCAACAUGGCGGCGUCAGCUAAGAAGAAUAAGAAGAAGGGCAAGACCCUCACCCUUAAUGACUUCCUUGCGGUUGAAAAGGGUGGCAGUGCACCCCCCAGUUACCCCAGCAUAAAGACCACCAGCUGGGCAGAUGAGACUGAUGACUUAGAUGGAGAUGUCUCGACCUCCUGGCAUACUGAGGAGGAUUCAUAUCGCGCUCCUCCAAUUGAUCGCUCCAUCUUGCCAACGGCUCCUCGUGCAGCACGGGAACCGAACGUCGACCGCUCUCGGCUGCCACGUGGCCCACCCUACACAGCCUUCCUGGGUAAUUUACCCUAUGAUGUCAGUGAGGAAUCUAUUAAAGACUUCUUCAGGGGGCUUGCGAUCAGUGCUGUUCGUUUGCCAAGGGAAGCUAGUAACCCAGAGAGGCUCAAGGGGUUUGGUUACGCUGAAUUUGAUGAUGUGGAUUCGAUCCUGCGUGCGCUCAGUCUUAAUGAAGAAAACCUUGGAAACAGGCGGAUCCGGGUGGAUAUUGCAGAUCAAUCCAAUGACAAAGAGAGAGACAGUGGUUCAAUGAUGGGUCGGGACAGGGAUCGUGGUCGUGGGAUGGACCUCGGUGGUCCUGAUAAGACCGAUUCUGACUGGAGGGCACGACCGAGCUCUGAGCAGGAUGAUGGACCUCGCAAAGAUGAUAGUUAUGGAGAGAGGUCUCAAAAUCGCUUCGAGUCGGAUAGAUUCAGAGACGCUCCAAGGCGAGAUGAUCGCUAUGACAGUGGUCGAGAUCGCUAUGGUGGUAGAGAUUCUUAUGACGACAGGGACCGUAGAGAUCGCUAUGAUGACAGAGGUAGCAGAGACUAUGAUCGUGGAGGUUAUGAAUCACGUGGUGGAGGCCAGUGGAGGAGCAGUGGCUUCAAACGAGAUGAAGAGCGAAAGGACGGAGAUCAAGAAGAGAAAGGCUCCAUUCAGAGACCCAGGCUAAACCUGAAGCCGCGUAGCAUCCCAAAAGAGGAGGAACAGAUUGGAAGCUUGCCCCCCCAGAGCAGCACAACAAGUUCCGGGAGGGCCACCUCUAUAUUCGGGGCAGCCAAACCUGUGGACACGGCUGCCAAGGAGCGGGAAAUGGAGGAGAGGCUGAAGAAAGAACAGGAACGACUCCAGAAGCAGUUGGAGGAAGAUAAGAACAAGGGCUCAGAGAGGAGACCGAGGGACCGAGACCCAAGUUGGAGGAGUGAGGGCCCGUCUAAGGAGCGUGAGCACACAGGAAGUGAAUCAUCCCGUGCUAAAGGAUCGAGAUCUAGAGAUGGUAAUCAUUCAGAGAAUGAAAUCUUAAGUGGUCAAGAGGAUGAGCCCAUCUCUCCUGCAUCUCCAUCACCUUCUUCCAAUCAGGGAGUACUCCCGGUAAAAGUAAUGCCAGCCCCUCCCCCUAAAGAAAAUGCCUGGGCUAAACGCAGUACAGGGGGCGGUGCUAAUGAGGGCGAAGUGCCACCCCAAGUGUCUCCGACCAGCAGAAGUGAUGCCACAAACAGCAGGAAAGAUGUUAGGGGAGAGCCCAGAAUAGCGUCAGAACCAAAGGAAAAUGAAGAGACUGCUCCUGCUCAAUUCAGUUCAGCCAGUAAGUAUGCUGCCCUACUGAUAGAUGGAGACCAGGGAGAUGACGAUAACCAAGAAGAAUGAAGCUGAUAAGAAUCGCCUAAAUACAUAAAAACAAAACAUGAUCAAGGGUUUCAAUUGGGAAAAAUAUUAGCCGUUUUGUGGUGAGAGAAUGUCAUGGGUUAAGGGGGAGGAGUUAUGGCUAUGGUAUCCACAAUGUUGGUAUGUCAUGUUUAUGAAUUUAUGAUAUUCCCAAAACAGGGCUGUUUUAAAAAGUAAAAAUCUGUGCAGUGAGUAGAUAAACAAUGUCACAUGUAGACAUUUGAAAAUCAUUAAUUUGAAAGCCAUUGUUAUAAAUAAAAAGUAUGUAAGAUACUGUAA